CGCAGAAUUGUAUGUUUUGUUUUAUGUAUGUCUUCUCAUGCAUAUACUUGCAUAUCUAGACAUGCUCAUAUAUACUUAAAGGAUAAAGUUCAGGAAAGUUUUACAGAUUUCUUACAGUUCCAGUGAUGGAUUGGAUCUACAGUCUUCAAAUCAGCUUUCUCCUUCCUGGUUUUGAGAAACCUAAUUUCUCAAGAUUUGUAUUUAAGCAGUGUGUCACAUACUCCAGUGCUCCAAUAAUUACCUGAACUUGUAAUCUAGAUAGAAUAACUGCAGAUUUCUCAAUAGUUCAGUGCAGGUAUUCUUUUUUUCACUGUUAACAUCCGCUGGGCAGCUGAUUUCUACAACUGUACUCAGUUUCACCUCUCUAUCCCAAAUCUUUAUAUUAGGUCUAUUGUGUUUAUAUUUUAUUGAGGUUUUCACUGGGUCAUUCUACUAGUAUGUACGUAUAUGUGCGCAUGCACGUCCAUGCGUAUACACGCACAGAGAUCAACAACUGACACGUCUAAAGACAUUCUCACAUGCAGACGCGACACGCUAGUACACGUAAAUAAACAACAAACUGAAACUAUACAAUAAAUGGAAUUCUACGCAGAAAAGAAAAGCAGAAACAAACGUCUUUUAAACAAUUCCUUAUAACCAAAUUCUCAAGUCUGUUGCCAUCCGGGACCUAGAGAUAUAUGAAAUGAGGAAAAAUAUUGAAAAAUGACAGUAGAUCAAUUCUUCAUGCCUUUGUCAGCAAGUUUUAGUGUCCUUUACGUCAAUCCGUGAGAGGGUGUGGCUGUAAAUGGUACUUGAUUUCCAGAGAAACUAUUUUUAGAAUCACCGUUCCGGCAUUCGAGUCAUUUGUGCGCACGCGCAGCACUAUUUUUCCUUCCUUUGCUGCACUUCAAAGUGGUCUGGAUCAUGAACAACUAACAAGAGCUUCAGAGAACUUUGCCUCUUCAACAACAACAAUUACUACUACUACUACUACACCAAUGUUAUGUAAUUUUUAAGACGAUUAGCCAAUAAUGAAUCUGUACUGUUAACAAGACAUGAAUUCAAAUGGGAUGAACCCAGUGUUUUUACGGGAUGCAAACUUUGCUAUUUUUUCUCAGCUGCAGGUUUACACUUUCUUAUUGUGACUUGUUGAAAGUAAUCAUGACUGGCUGCAUCCAGUCAGACGUGUUGUCAUGGACACACAUGGCAAUGCUGUCUCACUAUCAUGCAGUCAAGUCUUAUCAACAUCUGUUGCAGCUAAAUUCAGAAAACAUUCCCAUCAUCAAUCUUCUACAUAGCAACUGCUACAAUCUUGCUGUAAAGUCUUUUUACUCUCACUCCUACAACAUAUGGAGCCAAGUGAUGUACUUUAACUUCUUAGCCAUGAAAACUAUUGCUCUUCCAGUUGCUUAGUUAUGACCUCCUCAUAUGUGGAUCCCGUCCAAAGGGAACAGCCACUGACUCCACCCAAACUACAACAAACAAUAUCUGUUGCUAAUCAUCAUAUAAAUUCCUCUUAAAAUAGCUCACAUUUGCCAUUUCCUACUGACGGUACAUGUGGAUUAUACUUGCAAGUAUUUCUUACAAAUCUUUAACUAUUCUGGCCAUUUUAAUAAAUAUCUACAGAUCUUCCCUGGCUACAAGGCUUAUCAAUGCAGAUCAUGUGAUAAGGUGUUCUCUACGAUGUCUCAUCUUAACCAACACACACGUGUACACACUGGGGAGAGGCCAUUUUUCUGCAAGUGGUGUUCUCGCCGUUUUAGUCGGAAGAAUAACCUUGUAAGUCAUAUGCGCACCCAUGCUACUGAAGAUGAAGAAAGUACUGGCCACCACUCACCAAUUACUAAACAAUACUGCUGCCAAAAAUGCAAUAAAAGUUUUAGCAGUGUUGACCUUCUCAAUUCACAUAAAGUGUCACAGCAUGGUGAUAACAGCAAACGAGGUCACCAUGAAUGUAACAUUUGUGGCAAAGUAUUUGUAAGUGGAGUUAUGCUGACAAUCCAUGUUCGAAUGCACACAGGUGAGAGACCGUAUGGAUGCAUGUUUUGUGAAAAACGUUUUGCCACUUCAUCUGAUCUUAACAGACACACUCGCAUCCACACUGGAGAGAAGCCAUUUCAAUGUCGUUUCUGUGGAAAGAGGUUUACACAGAACUCCAACCUUAAAGUUCAUUUGCGCACUCAUACAAAGGUCUAUCCACACCACUGCAUGCAGUGUAGUAUUGGUUUCACAACACGGGCUGCCCUUACACAACACAUUCGUGUACACCACAAUGAUAACAGCACUCCUACUGACAUUAUCAGUAACAAAGGUGACAUUGCCAAAAAAAGCAGUACUACCAAGAGCCCACCUAAUGAUACAAUCAACAAUAAUAAUAUUACUACUAACAGAAAUAAUAAUGGCGCUCAGGGACUGUUAAAUAUUGUUUCUAAACAAGUUGAGAUAAAGAAACUAGAAGAUAAAGUGGUUCCUCUUGACUUCUUCCCAUCAACUGUUAGUAGUUGGGAUAAACAGCUGCUGUCUAGCUUAAUGUCUGGUAUCAGUUCUUCACCAACAAAUGUGGCAAAAGAAAAUUCUACCACAGCUGAAAAUUUCCCAGUUGAAGGUCAAAACCCAUUAAUGUGCAGCCUUUGUUCAAGACAGUUUCUUGAAGUCAGUAAUCUUGUGCAACAUCUCAAGGUGGAACACGACUUGUGUGAUAGCAGUAUGGAUGUUGAUCCACUACCUUUAGUGGUCACAAAAGAUGAAGUAGAUCGUAAGUCUGUCCUUCAGGGUUUGGCACCUGAUAACCAAUUUACUGUUAAAACAGUGCUACUUGAUUUUAACGACAAAGUCAUUACCGAGGAGCCAGCAGUCCAAUCUUCUUCUGAUGCUGCAGGCUACUUCAGCAAAGAAAGCUCAUGCAGUAACAACACAAGCAGUAGUAGUUCUGAGAGUGAAAUUGCAUUAGCUGACAACCUCCAAUCAUUGUUAUAUAAUAGUGAUAAAGUUGCAGAAGGAGUAGAAAAUCCUAAAGAAGCCGGUGUCAAUGAAACAAAACCAAGUAGUAGAAUAGUGAAAAAUAGCAUCAGUCGAACUCCAAGCCAGACUGGAUCCAACAUAAAAGUUGAAUUAGGUUUUGACAACUGCCAAAAAUUAGAGGAAACUGCAAAUGUGACUGAUCUAACAAGCACGAAUGAUAUGAUGCUGUUAACACCUUCAGGUAACUCAACUGUUUCAACAUCUUACUCAGGUACAGAACCAGUGUCAUUAUUAGGCAAGGAUAUAGAAGUGAACUCUGGCAGGGAUUCAUCAACAAGAGUUCAUGAAAUUCCCACAUGUUUAGUAACAAGUGAAGGAAUUUUGGAGGAAUGGGAAACUAGCAGAGACAUUGGUUCCACCAACUGUAAUACUUUGCCUAUCUAUGUUAGUGAUGAUAGUAGUGAACAGUCUUCAGGGUGCAGCAGUCUUAUUCCUAAUACCUUUGCUGUGUCUGCACUGAACAUUCCAAGUAGCAGUCCUUGUAUAUCAGAGGAUAUUCAAUGCCAAAUACCUGACAUGCAGGCUCUAACAAAUCUAGAAAGUUUUGCUUUUGACAGAGAUUCUAAUAAUAUAACAAACAGUGGUGAGUCUUCCUACUUGUGUGAAGAAUUUGUAGAUAUUAACACAUUAAACUGUAACUAUUCUGAAAGGUCAGACAAAAGACUGAAAAUUGACCCAGAAAUUACCUGCAUUGAUUUGUCUUCUCCACUUCAGGAUAAACUUGCAUCUAAAAUUUGUGCUGAUGAAGAACCACAUUUGUCAUCUGAGUCACAUGAUGGUACUAACAAAGUAGCUAGUAAAGGGUACCUACUCACUGAUGCCAAUAAAAAUGAAAUGGGAAAUGUUGUUCCCCUGUCUUUAUCAUCAUCAAAUGGUGUAUGUGUUAGAGAGAGCAACUGUACAGAUAACAAUAUAACCACUGUAAAUAAUGCUAACGUAGAUGAUGGCAGGGAUUUGAAGAGAACUUCUAUCCAAGGUGAUGAUAAGCUGUGUGGCCAAGAGAACCAGUAUGCAUGUAUGUUGUGUAGUAAGACAUUCCAACAGGCCAAUCACCUGACAUAUCACAUCAGGACACACACUGGUGACCGUCCAUAUAAGUGUGUAUAUUGUGGCAAGGCCUUUGCUAAGCCGUCCGAUUUGAAUCGCCAUACCCGCAUUCAUACUGGGGAAAAACCUUUCAAAUGUGAGUUUUGUGCCAAGCGUUUUACACAGAAUUCAAAUCUUGUGUCCCAUUUACGCACUCAUGCUACAUCACAACGGCCAUACAGAUGCAGUCACUGCAAUAAAUCCUUUUCAGACUUUCCACUUCUCAGUAAACAUCUUGCAUGUCAUACGACCAAAAGCUACAAAUGCAAAUUGUGUUUGCGAACUUUCAGCAGCAUUCAUCUACUUUCCAAGCACACCGCACAUGCUCAUAACCAUCUAAAUGUCAGAAGUGGAAUUACCAAACAGAAACGUUGUCAUAUUUGCAAUACAUGUGGUAAAGAGUUCCUUACAUCAUCAGAUCUCAAGCGUCACACACGUAUACACACUGGUGAGAAACCCUUUGCUUGCGACUAUUGUGAGAAAAGAUUCAAUCAAAGUUCUAAUCUUAUUUCUCAUGUAAAAACACAUUCGGGUGUAAAGCCACACAAAUGUGAUUUCUGUCCCCGUGAAUUCUUCUCAACAGCCAUGUUAUAUCGUCAUCGAAGAUUACAUACAGGUGAAAAACCUUACAAAUGCAAUAUAUGCCAAAUGUGCUUUUCACGAGCAAACUUUCUCAAAUAUCAUAUGGCAACCCAUUGUGAACUUGAAAAUUCCUCUGAGUCAGCUGUCCAAGUACAUGAGAAGAAAACUGCAAAACCCCUUGAAACUAUGGCAGGUUACUUAAGUUCUCCUCAGCCACAGUCCCAUGUUGAGGAAGAACCCAAAGAGAUAGUUGAUGGAAAAGAUAAUGCAGAUAAAGGAGAAGUGAUAACUAACUCCUACAGUGAAACAAAAAACAGCAGUUGCAAUGAAUCCCCUUCAAAUAAGGCAGAGCCUUCAGAAAAUAUUACUUUAGAUCUUAGCACAUAUGUCAGCAAUGAUGGUAACAUGUACCUUACAUCUUUACCAGCUUCUGUAGAAUCUGAGGAUCCAGCUGGUUCAAAGAAAUUAGUCAGUAUGACGACAACAUUAGCACCUCAUUUGCAGUCUAGUGGUUUCCAAUGUCCAUUUUGUAUGAAGUCCUUUGACCACUCCAGCCUUUUGAUCAAUCACAUCAUGACUCAUAAUGAGCAGAAACAUUAUUCCUGUAAAGUCUGCUCAAAAUCCUUUUUCACCAGAUCUGCACUCAGACAACAUUCUUCAAGACAUAGACAACGUAAGCCAUUCAGAUGUGGCUACUGUUCCCGUCGAUUCUAUCUCAAUGUCUUUUUAUUACUGCAUUUGAAGAAACACACUUCAAUCUGCAAGUAUGUGUGCAAUGUAUGCUGUUGGGUAACAACCAGCCUUGUUCAGGUUAGGCACCAUAAGAAACUCUAUGCUGGGAGACAACAUACAUUCAGUGUGAAACAUUCUGCUGAGCCUGGUGUCAGUAAUGUUGAAACCCAAAGUAGAACAUAUUAUCCCAUUUCCUUGUCUAAAAAGUUAUACCAAAGACAAAAUAAGGUGGAGAAUCCUGGCAAUAAAUUAUUUCAAUGUAGUAUGUGUUUAGAACGCUUUCAACACCUCUCUAGUCUUGGUCAGCAUGUUGUAGUGCAUAAGAAGAGUGACAGACACAAAAAAGAAAAUACAAUUCAACCAAUAACACUUCUCCAGGUUAGAUCUGGUCAUUGGCAACUUAAUAAAGGGGACAAAAAGUUUCAAGACAAUCCAUCGACCUACAUAACAUCUGCAUCAAAUUUUGAUGCAGACUCUGUCUCACAGGAAAGAAAAGAUGCUGCUGAUUCCAAAGAAGUUGAAUUAUUCAACAGGUCUAAGUCCGAUAGAUUAAUUUCUAAGACCACUCACAACUAUAGGCCAAGUGUUAAACCUCUAGAGAUCUCUAUUGCAGGACACAGUUGGUUAACUGGUGACUCUGCAUUUACUGAAGAAUCCCCAGCUUACAAAAGAUGCAAUGAAAAUACACAAAGUGUAGCUUAUUAUGCUACAAAAUCCAAGGCUAAAUCUAAAAAUCAGGUAAAAAGUUUGAAAAGGCAGGUAAAUUUUCAAAAUGCAUCCAUACAGAAAGACACUACAAUUACACAAGCUGUUGUGGAUGAAUCAGGGAAUGAUCCCAAGGCUGUUAUGAAACAAUCUAAAACUUCAUUAAAUCAAGAAGGCAAAAUAAGGCCAAAAUUUCCAAUAAGUUCACCAAGUUUAGAAAAUAAUCGUAAACAGCACCAGUGUGAAAUAUGUGGUCGUACUUUUGUUCAGGCAUGUCACUUAACUUAUCACAUUCGAACACACACUGGAGAAAGACCUUAUGGCUGCAGACAUUGUGGGAAAGCUUUCUUCACAUCAUCUGAUCUGAAACGUCACACACGAGUUCAUACAGGUGAGAAACCUUUCAAAUGCAACCAUUGCCGAAAAAGAUUUACUCAGCGUUCAAAUUUACUCAUCCACACUCGCUCUCACACUGGUGAUAGACCUUAUCGAUGUCGUUUAUGUCCCAAAAAAUUUUCAACUUCUUCUAUGUUGGCCAGACAUCAACAAACUCACUCUACAAUCACCAAUCAUUCUGAAAUCAAUUUCUGUUGUCCUGCUUGUCAACAGAAGUUUACUAAUUAUUACAGUCUCACUAAUCAUCUCAAAGCUUCUCAUCCAAGUUUGGUGAAAAAGCCAGAGUACAAGAAGAAAGAAAAGACAAUGUCUACUCCACAUACAUCCAAUAAGUCAGAUUCAUCAUGGCUACCUGUGAAAUCUGGAACAGUUACUAUUUCUGAUGAUUCACUAUCUGAUAUGGUCACAUAUUUGUCAGCUACACUAAGCUGUGCUGUGUGUGAAAAAUCUUUCCCAGAUAGCAUUCAGCUUUCUAAACACCAGUGUAACCAACAACCUCAUCAAGAAGAUAACCUGAAUUGGGCCACAAAUGUUAAAGCCUUUGAUUCUACAAUAUCAACAUCUGCUUCCCAGAAAGAUUUAUCUGGCAGAAUUCCACCUAGAUCAGUAUUCAAAUCUAAUGAAAGCUUCUAUAACAACAAAGGACUGAACAGGAGUUUGGGAACCAUGAAUGUAACCACUGGAAAGGUUGAUUUGAUGGAAGAGCAGCCAUCUGAUCUACAAACAACAGAAACUAGCAAGGAAACUAGCGACCUUCUCAAAUCUCUAAGUUUGUCAGAUAAAGAUCCAGAAAAUGUUGCAACAGAGGAAAAAGUAUGUGACUUGGUAAAGGAAAAAUCUGAUGUAGUUUUAGUUGAAAAGCUUGUGCCAGUUACCAAGGCAAAUGAGAAAGAACAGUCAGCACCUUCUCAACCUGUAGUGGCUGGGAACAAAAAAUUCUCUGAAGAGAAGUCCCCAAACCAGUGUGAAAUCUGUUUCCGUACAUUUUCACAGUCUUCCCACUUGCGUUACCAUCUCCGCACACAUACAGGUGAACGACCCUACCACUGCGAUUACUGUGAUAAGGCAUUUUUCACAUCCUCUGAUCGAAAUCGACACACUCGAGUGCACACUGGAGAAAAGCCAUAUGGAUGUGGCCUAUGUCAGCGUACCUUUUCGCAGAAGUCUAAUUUGAUGGGACACUUGAAGACACACAACCGCCAUGGUACAGCAGCAGUUUCUUACACAUUUUCUAAAGGACAAAAAUUUCUUAACGGGACACAUGCAUCAAGUUUGAAGGUUCAGUUUAAGAAGUCUUCCGAAAGAGACUCUUCUAUUUCUAAUAUUCAUUCCUCUUCUGCUUACUCUUCAUUGUCUUCCUCCAUUUCUCAUAGUUCCAUUAGAAGAACAGAAAAAGUUUUUCAAGAUUCUUCCAAAUCCAUUUGGAACAUUCAGUGCAAAGUAGGGUCUGUUUUAAAGCCAAUCCUACACCUCAAUACCAAAGAGUUAGACCAUAACCAACAAAAAAGUUCUUUCAAAACUCAAGAAACCAAUCAAAGUCGUUUUUCCACUGAAGAUACAAUGUCACAUUCAAGGUCUUUCUUAUCAGUCAGUGAUAAACAGAACAAAAGUGAGUUUCAGUGUUCUUUGUGCUCUCGUACUUUUCCACUGCAGAAACAGUUGGCUUCUCAUAUGCGCUACCACAGUGGUGUGCAUCGGUAUCCUUGUUCUAUCUGUGCCAAAUCAUUCCUAAAGAUGUCUGAUCUGCGUCGACAUUUGCGUGUUCAUUCAGGAGAAAAGCCAUUCGUUUGCAAAUGGUGUCCUCGUAAGUUUUCCCAAUCAUCGAACCUCACUGCUCACCUGCGCACUCAUUCAGGUGAAAAACCUUUCCAAUGUGGACUCUGCAAUAAGAAAUUUUCACAGUCGUCUUCAUUGAAGAUGCAUACAAAGAUGCAUCAACCAAUCUGCAUUCCUGCUCGGUGCCGAUUUAGUCCUGUUUAGCAAUUCCUUUUUUUUUUUAUCACUUAUGCCAAAGCAUAGUUAUAGGUCAGCAACCUGUUGUUUCAGUGACCUCCACUUGCCAAAAAACUGAAAUAUCUUAAAAACACUCCUACCCGCCCAUCCCACCAAAAAAUAGAAAUUUAAAAAGCAAUUAUACAAAAAAAAAAAGAGAAAAAGUAAAACUAAAUGGGUCUGAUGAAAAAGGCCUAGCAUGUAAAAACUUAUCUGUGAAUAUGUAUAGAGGUAUGUUAAUGAAGGUUUAGCAAGACAAAUCUAUGCAGUCUAUUAACCCACAUUCUAUAUAUAUAAAGAUACAUGAGUGUUUGUGUGUGUGUGUAUCUGUAUAUAUGAAUAUGUAUCUGUGUAUAUGUAUGUAUAUGUAUCUGUGUGUCUGUAUGUACAUGUGUACAUACACACAUACCAUAUGUACAUAUAUAUAUGUAACAAUUGUACCUAUGCACACACACAAACACACACACACACACACACACACACACACACACACUCACACACACACACACACACACACACAUAUUUAUACCUAAUCAUACAUAUUUAUUUGCAAACACAUCUCUUUCUCACACUCUCUUUCCUUUUCUCUUUCUCACACCAUCACACAUGUGUGUCUAUGCAUGUUUGUAAAUGGGGAGAGAGAACUAGUUAUUCUUUUAAAUUUUUUAUUGGGAACAUAACUACAUUUCAGUUUUGUUUUAUUGCUAGUUUUUCAUAUAUUUUUUCCUUCAUAUAUAUAUAUAUAUAUAUAUAUAUAUAUAUACACAUACACACAUACAUACACACACACACAUACGCACACACACACACACACAUACAUACACACAUAAUUUCUCAAUAAGCAAAUAUGAAAAAAAUCCUCAGUAAAAGAAGAUUAAAGCUGCAUAACAAACAUUGUUUUCAGUAAUAUAUACAACCAACACAUAUGUAUGCAUAUGUAUGUGAAGUAUAUUUGUGUGUGCAUGUGUGUUUUGUUGAGCUUAAUUUUCUAAUGUCUUUUGCUGAGUGCUGAUAAAUCAUCCAAAGCAUUUUACCAAAUAUUACCUUGUGGUUGGUUGAAUAAUAUUCCAAAGUUCAUUUGUUAAAUGAGCUUUCACCAAAAACUUGUUGAUAUUUUCAAGUGCAUGAGAGAAAAUACAUUGCAUAUUAUAGACAUAUGACUGGACUAGUACAUAUGAACAGAUUAGUGCAUAUGGAUGGAUUAGUACAUAUUCUUUUACUUGUUUCUGUCAUUUGACUGCGGCAAUGCUGGAGCACCAUCUUGGGGGGUUUUAGUUGAACAAUUCGACCCGAGGUCUUAUUUCUUGAGCCUAUUACUUAUUCUAUCAUACCCUUUUGCUGAACUGCUAAGUUACAGGGUCAUAAACACACCAACACCUGUUGUCAAGUGGUGAUGAGAGGACAAACACAAAGACACACACAGAUAGAUAUAUACAGGAGAAAAACUAGACUUAGUUGAUAGCUUCCGAUAUCUAGGUGACCAAGUUAGUAGUGGGGAGGGUGCGCUGAAAGUGUAGCUGCUAGAAUAAGAAUAGACUGGGCAAAGUUCAGAGAGCUCUUACCUCUGCUGGUGACAAAGGGCCUCUCACUCAGAGUAAAAGGCAGACUGUAUGACGCAUGUGUACGAACAGCCAUGCUACAUGGCAGUGAAACAUGGGCCAUGACUGCUGAAGACAUGAGUAGGCUCACAAGGAAUGAAGCCAGUAUGCUCCGAUGGAUGUGUAAUGUCAGUGUGCAUACUAGACAGAGUGUAAGUACGUUGAGAGAAAAGUUGAACAUAAGAAGCAUCAGUUGUGGUGUGCAAGAGAGACGAUUGCACUGGUAUGGUCAUGUGGCAAGAAUGGAUGAGGAUAGCUGUGUGAAAAAGUCCCACACCCUAGCAGUUGAGGGAACCUGUGGAAGAGGUAGACCCAGGAAGACCUGGGAUGAGGUGGUGAGGCACGAACUUCGAACAUUGGGCCUCACCGAGGCAAUGACUUCUGACAGAGACCUUUGGAAAUAUGCAGUGCGUGAGAAGACCUGGCAAGUCAAGUGAGACCAAUAUCCAAGGCCUCUGCCAGGGGUGUAGCCAGCCCACUUAUGCAUACCUUCCUUCCUUGGACACUAAACUCCGCUUGCGAAGACCUGUUGAUGCAAGUGAAAUCGAAAUUGAACUAAAUUCGAUGACUGGCACCCAUGCCAAUGUUGUCGCCUUCAUUGGACACUAAACUCGGCUUGCAAAGACCUG